AUGCGGACGGCCGUGAGAUACGGUUCGCUUCUGAAGGUCGCUCAAAUGUCAAGAUUGAAAGUAAGUUACUUUUUCUCAAAAAAUCUAUAAUUUGGAAGGCGAAUAACCUCGAAUUUUAUUUAGUUACCUUCGAAUGCUCAGAUCAAUAGAUUUAUGCACUCGGGCCCGGCACCAGGAGUUCCGAUAACCGUAAGUGCAAUAUAAAAAUAAUUUAUCUUUACAAUGUGAAGGGUGUUGAUGCCAAGCCACCGACAGCGCGUGAAAUUGCUCGGAGAUUGAUGCAGUUUGUAUGGCCUCAGAAAAAUUGGUCGAUAAAACGUAGAGUAAUAAUAGCCAUGUCUUUUCUGGUAGCAGCUAAAGCACUUAAUGCCUUUGUCCCGUUCUUCCUCAGGGAUGUUGUGAAUUAUUAUAACAACAAGGCUCCGGAGACUCUUAGGCUGAAUCUAGAUUCUGGACCAUCGACUGUCAUAACAACUGGAAUAGCAUUAAUUAUUGCUUGUGAGUAUUCUCGAUACACAGUAUUACUUUUAAAUUUUUGAAUUGAAUUUAGGUUUAUGUUUUAGAUGGUUUUGCCCGUGCCGGAAGUUCCCUGUUUAACGAACUUAGAAAUGCCGUAUUUGCGAGGGUAGCCCAACAUUCUGUGAGGAAUAUAGCCAAGCAGAUCUUCACUCAUCUUCAUGGAUUAGAUCUCUCUUUCCAUUUGGGGAGACAGACGGGUGCCCUGUCCAAAGCAAUCGAUCGCGGAACUCGAGGGAUGAGUUUUGUGAUGAGUGCUUUGGUGUUUAAUAUUGUGCCCACAAUAUUCGAAGUUUCAUUGGUGUCAGGGAUCUUUGUAAGCAAUGAUAAUACGGUGUAUAUCGUUUCUUUAGUAUGUCAAGUGUGGGUCUGAUUUUACAAUGGUAACCGCAGCGACCGUUGCAACAUAUGCAGCGGCUACUAUUGGAGUGACAAUGUGGAGGACUAAAUUCAGACAUCACAUGAACCAGGCUGACAACGACGCCUCAAGCCGCGCUGUGGAUUCUCUUAUUAACUAUGAGACGGUCAAGGUAUGAUUAUUUUAUACUUUAUUGUUGGUGUUUAGUAUUUUACGAACGAGAAGUUUGAAGUGGCAAGAUACGAUCAUUACCUCCGCAAAUACGAGGACGCUUCCUUAAAGACUUCCUCUAGCUUGGCGCUCCUGAAUUUUGUCCAGAACGCUAUAUUCUCUACAGGAAUGAUCGCAGUGAUGGCAUUGGCCGCUCAGAAUGUGGCCAAUGGAAUGAUGACUGUUGGAGAUAUUGUAAUGGUGAAUGCAUUACUCAUGCAGCUAUCUAUGCCUCUAAAUUUCCUGGGAUCAGUCUAUCGAGAAGUACGACAAGGCCUUCAGGAUAUGCAGACCAUGUUCUCUCUACUUGAACUCAAGAGUAAGAUUAUUGAGAAACCGAAUGCUCGUCAAUUGAUUACAACUUCUGACAGAGCUACCGUGAAAUUUGAAGAUGUUGUGUUUGGGUAAGCAUUGGGUGGAUUCAUUGUAUUUUUUUAGUUAUGUUCCGAAUGCUCCUCCAAUCUUAAAUGGCCUUAGCUUUGAGAUCCCGACGGGAAAGAAGGUGGCCAUUGUUGGAGGAUCUGGCUCGGGAAAAAGUACUAUCGUCCGACUGUUAUACCGCUUGUACAACACUGAGAAGGGACGGAUUACGAUAAACGACGAAGAUAUCAGGGAGUUUACUUUGGAUAGUCUCAGGAAGUCAAUCUCCGUUGUCCCUCAGGAUGCCGUCCUCUUCCACGACACGUUAUAUUACAAUCUUCUUUACGGAAACACCGAAGCAACAAAAGAACAGGUACGUAUUCAUACCAUUUUGUGAAUAUGAUGGUUUUUAGGUAUAUGACGUCGCUAGGAUGGCCGAUCUGCAUGAUGCCAUCCUCAGAAUGCCUCACGGAUACGAUACAAUGGUGGGGGAAAGAGGUCUUAAAAUAUCCGGUGGGGAAAAACAACGCGUCGCCAUUGCUCGGGCUAUCCUCAAGAAUGCGAAUGUGAUUGUUUAUGAUGAAGCGACCUCCGCGUUGGAUGCCCUCACUGAAGAACACAUUAUGAAUUCUUUAAAAAAGGCUAUCUCUGGCCGCAGUUCCCUCUACAUCGCUCAUCGACUGGCCACUGUUGUUGAUGCUGAUGUGAUCUAUGUUCUGGAUAACGGAGUUGUCAAGGAAUGUGGAUCCCAUUCGGAUCUGUUGUCAAGGCCUAAUGGAAAAUAUUUGGAGCUGUGGAGAAGUCAACAUCGAUUUGGAUGGGAGGCAGAAAGACUUCGGAAGGCGGCACAGCAACGACAAGAAGAGAACGAAUUUCUGAAUCAGUUGGAGUUGGACAAGUGUUGUGGACAAAGUAAUUGCAAUCGUUAGACUAACAUGAUUGGGAGUCCCCGGGUAUCUAAAACAAUCAAAGUCUGAACAGUGAGAUUGACCCAAGCCUUAGAUUAUGUAUCCUUGCUCCUGCUCAUUCCCGGUUUUGCGGUGGUCGUUAACAUUGUCAGGUUAACAGAUUUUUUAUUUAGCCAUUUACUUUUACCGGUGUUUGCACUUUUACAAAUUUGCUGUUGAUGUUAUAUUUUUCUGAUCUUCUGUUGCCUUAUUCCAGCCCACGAUCAUCAUUAG